GGGCGGGGCGUUCCGCUCUCUGCCACUUGCUAACCGUCCUCGCGUGAGCGGCUCCUCUAGAGCCCGUCGCUCUCUGCCUUCGUCCCCGCGCGGCCACGGGUCCUGUGAGGCAUCUUACUCCGGCAGGGCGACUACAGUGUGGACAGUAUGAUGGAUACAAAUCUUCAAAAGGAUGAUCUCAGAGGAACAAUUAAGUUCAUACCUCCCCUGUACAAACAACGUUACCAGUUCAUUAAAGAUUUAGUGAUUAAAUACAAACCUAAGAAGGUUGCAGACUUGGGAUGUGCUGACUGUACACUACUCUGGAUGCUGAAAUUCUGCAAAUGCAUUGAGGUGCUAGCCGGGCUAGAUAUCAGGGAAAAUGUGAUGAAGGAGAAAAUGCAUAUGUUGUCUCCCCUUCCUGCUGAUUACCUGCAACCAAGUGAAAGAUCUCUAACUGUGACCCUGCAUCAUGGCUCAGUUGCUCAUAAAGAUUCUUGCAUGCUUGGUUUUGACAUGGUAACAUGCAUUGAAUUAAUAGAGCACCUGGAAGCAGCAGAACUGGAAAAGUUUCCAGAAGUGGUAUUUGGUUUUAUGGCUCCAGCCAUGAUUGUAAUCAGCACUCCAAACUCAGAAUUUAAUCCUUUGCUCCCAGGAGUGACACUGUUCAGACAUUCAGACCAUAAAUUUGAAUGGGACCAAACACAAUUUCAGAGUUGGGCAAUAGAUGCAGCUACUCGCUAUGAUUAUACAGUUGAAUUUACUGGACUUGGGACCCCACCACCUGGAAGUGAGGAUGUUGGAUUUUGUACCCAAAUAGGUGUGUUUGUGAGAAAAUAUCCAAAGAGUGGUGAAACUGUUAACUCUGAGAAACACACAGAACAUGCUUACAAAACUGUUUUCAAGGCAGUGUACCCAAGUCUUAAAGAUGAAAAGUACCUACAGAAUGCAGUGGUCAAUGAAGUUAUUUUUGGAGCAGACAUCAUUAAAAGAAGAUUACUGGGCGAUUUCAAGUCCGAGGGUAAGGCGCCUAGUGAUGGCCUUGAGAUGGAACUCAAAUUUCAGCCAUGUAAAUAUUUCAUGAGGUGUUCAAAGAACCUUUCUCUAGCUGAAACUGAAAAACUUGCUGCUGAGAGAAGCAUGGAGCCAUUCAUUGAUGAAAACACAGUCUAUAUACCUCUGGCAAAAAUCUUUUCUAUUCCCAAAGUGAAUCAACUUUGUGGCACCUUUGAGAAGUUAAGCAAGCUUAUUGCUGGCAAAGUAGCACUGAGCAAUGAUGGUUCUGCUGUGAUAGUCACUAUCGAAUAUGAAAAUGAAGAACAAGAGAAUUAGAAAAUCCUUCAAAGUGUGGUGACAAAGAAAACAUUUUUAGUAGAUUCAUGCUGAUGUUAUUUCUAUAUAGUGACUAGAGUUACAGCACUCAUAUUUUUUUAGUUUUAAAUAUUUCCAUCGGGACGUAGAAUUUUUGCUAUAUGGCUCUUGUUAAAAGCAGCACAACUCUUUAAGGAUUAUUGGGCAGAUUUUCAAAGGCACAAAAGGGAGCAGUUAGGCAUCCAACUGCCAUUGAAGGGUAAUAGUUUAUUUUGCCAUGUUUUGUUUGCUUUCCUCUUAUUUAUCUCUCAAGUAUCAUAAUUACUCUUUUAGGUAUGUUGGGAGUGUAUAUAUACAGAUUUCACUAGCUGUGAGUGAGUCCCCCAAGACUAGUCAUGUGAAUGGUGAUGUAGAUAGGUUUCACAUAUUGAUUCCAAUGCUAAAACCUAGACAACAGUUCUAAUUAUAUCAUAUGUCAGCUAUAAAACAAGUUGUUGGGUAAGGAGGACCAAAAUGUUAAUAUUUUUGGUAAAACUUAUCUACUUUUUUUUUUGCUUGUAAGUUAAUUUUAUUUUUUUGGUUGAAAGGGUGAAUGUAAAGACAAGAAAAAUGGAAAUUCAGAAAGCCUAUCUUAUUGAUCACUGUAUAGUGUAGCUGGAAGAGAAAUAAAAGCAGCAGGUAGAAGACAUGUAGCAGGAUGCGGGGAAGAGGGGGGAAGAAAGCAUAAAUUUGGAUUAAAUACAGAAGUAAAAAUAUUCCUGUAGGAUCAGCCACUAAUGGAGAGAUGGACAUAGCUAUUGUACCAGUUCUUGUAUGUUUUCUUUCUGCUUCCCUUUUUUGGUCAUCUUACUGUAACAGGACUGAUCUCAUGGACAUAACUUCAUGGAAACAUAGGGAUAUGUCCUCCUCUGGACCUGUGCAAUGCCCAUUAACAUGAGAGUCUCACGCCUCUAGGUGGUGUUUAUUAACAAAAAACACUUUUGAUGGAUGUCAUUGCAACCCAGCGCACAGUGUCAGUCUCGGAGAAAGUUAAAUGCUUCUUCUAGGCUAAUGGGAAAAAUGGUACUGCUAGUUAGUGGUGGCAGAAGAAGUUCAAUGAGAAUAAUCUGUUGGGAAAGUUGCAGGCAUUAACAUGUAAAAGUACUGUACUACUAAAUAAAAUGUGUUCCCACA